AUGGAAUGGAGCUUGGAUUCAUCUUUCAAACCCACAAGAAGCUACAUCGUCCUUCCAGCCUUAGUAUUGUGGUGCAAAACCCUAACAAAGAAGUUAGGAUUUUAUGGUUUGAUUCGUUUUCGGUUUAUGAUGUCUCACAGUAGAGAAAGGAGGAGAGAGAGUAGUGACUUGGAGCUGGAAGAUUUGAAGUACAAUUAUUAUAAAGAGUUAAGAGAUGGAAUAAUCAAACUUAGAGGUCCUGGAAAGUUGUAUCGAUGCCCUUUUUGCAUGGAUAAGAGAAGGGUAGAGUAUGAUUACAGAGAGCUUCGUCGUCACUCUUCUCGCAUUGGUAGAGAGUCGAAGAGUGCCAGGGAAAAAGCAAGACAUUUGGGGUUGAUUAAAUACUUGGAGAGGUAUGUAGAUAUAGAGGGAAAAUCAAAAAGAUCAAACUGGAGAAGUACUGAGCCGGCACAGAGGAACCGAGAUCCUAAGACUAAACUGCCAUUACCUAAGAGUGUCACGCCGGCUGAUACUAAUAUAGCUGCAUGUAAGUCAUCCUGGUCUAUUGAAAGAGCAAUCCAAGUGGUGGGGAAAUCUAUUGAUGGUAGUACAUCACCGGAGAUUGAUGCUGGAAUUAAUGAACAAAUUGGGAUCAACGGAAAUGCAAAUACUGCAGCGGUACAGUCCUCUGUUAGAAGCCCGAAACUUGGUCCGCCAUCUCAGCCCACUACAAAAACUAUCGAGUCAUCUGGACUCAAAGCUAAAGAGGAGCUUAUUGUUUGGCCUUGGAUGGCUGUGGUUGCAAACAUACCGGUUCACUACAAAGAUGGCCGAUAUGUGGGUGCAAGUGGUAGGCAGCUAAGAGAGGAAUGGGUGAGCAAAGGAUAUAACCCUCUGAAGGUUCAUCCUCUAUGGAGUUUCCGAGGUCACUCGGGGUAUGCAAUAGUGGAGUUUAACAAAGAUUGGGCAGGAUUUAAGAAUGCAAUGACAUUUGAAAAAGCAUUUGAAAUGGAUAAUCAUGGGAAGAGAGAUUGGUAUGCACCUAGGCGAAAAGGAGAUAAGCAAUAUGCUUGGAUUGCCCGGGAUGAGGAGUACAAUGCAAGGACUCUUAUUGGUGAAUUUCUCCGCAAGAAUUCAGAUCUGAAAACUGUUUCUGAUAUCCAAACAGAAGAAAACAGGAAGGACACAAAACUUCUCUCCAACUUAAAUAAUGAGCUGGCGGUUAAGAAUAUUCAAUGUGAAGAGAUGAAGAGCAAAAUAAGUAAGACAGAGAUUUUUAAGGGGAAUGUGAUGAGGCAGAAAGAAGCGAUGGUUCAAAAUUACAAUGAAGAGAUGAAGAGGAUUGAGCAGAAACAAUGUGAUCAGCUUAGAAAGAUUUUCAAAGAGCAUGAAUGGAGUAACUCGCAAUUGGAAGCUCAUAGAGAAGAGCUGAGGUUGCGUGAGAAAGAACUGAAAGAACGUCAAGCUCUAAACCAGAAUGAUAAGAAGAAGCUAUGUCACGAGAAGGAACUGAAUGAGAGAGCAAUUUGGAACCAGCAGAAGGCCAGUGAAAAUAUGCUGAAGUUGGCAGAAGAUCAAAAGAGACAAAAGGAGGAACUUCACCAGCAAAUUAUUGCGCUUGAAAAGAAACUUGAUGAUCAGCAACGCUUGGAAUUGGAGAUCGAGCAGAUGAGGGGAGCUAUCGGAGUGAUGAAACACAUGAGUGAGGAUGGUGAUAUGGAAGUUAAAAAGAAGAUGGAGCUAGUUGAAGUCGAACUUAAGGAGAAGGAAGAAGAACUUGAUGGCAUGGAAUCUUUAAAUCAAGCUCUUAUUGUCAAAGAGCAAAAAAGCAAUGAUGAGUUGCAGGAAGCUCGUAAAGAGCUGAUUAACGGUUUGAAGGACAGCCGUGCUUUCAUUGGUGUCAAGAGAAUGGGAGAGCUUGACGAGAAGCCUUUCCACGUUGCUGCAAAGAGAAAAUAUUUAGAUGAAGAGGCUGUGGAGAAGGCAUUAGAGCUAUGUUCCUUGUGGGAGGAUUACCUUAGGGAUCCAAGUUGGCAUCCCUUUAAGGUCAUCAUGGUUGGUGAAAAGGCUGAGGAAUUCAUUGAUGAAGAAGAUGUAAAGUUGAAAAGUCUGAAGAAUGCUUUUGGUGAUGAAGUGUAUGCAGCUGUGACAACAGCCUUGUCCGAGAUGAACCACUACAACCCCAGUGAUCGAUACCCAGUGCCCGAGCUGUGGAAUUUCAAGGAAGGAAGGAAGGCAGCAUUGGGAGAGGUCGUACAGUAUAUACUGAGACAGUGGAAGGUACAUAAACGGAAGAGAAACUGAAGGUUGGUAUUGUGCAUUUUACAGUGCUUUACUUCUCCAAAUAGAAAUCUUACAGUGGGGAUUAGUCACAUGAAUAUUUUGUAGGUUGAUUAGAUUUGGAUAGUUGUUUGUGGUAGCCUUAUAUAGAGGAAAGUUUUGAUUUGAAGUAGCUUAUCUUUGCUAUAAUUUUAUCUCCUGGAUUACUUUGCGUCUUUGUCCAAUACCAAACCAAAUAUGGGAGACAAAACAAAUGUUUCAUAGAUGAUAGAUACUUGAUCUUCGACUCUGGCUGUAAGUGUAUGACCACUCUAUGUAG